CGUAAUUUAUUCCUAUUUUCAUCUCUGUCUGUUCUCUCUUCCAAAUCCUUAUAGCCAGCCCCUCACCCUCACCCUUCUCUUUUCUAUAAAAAAAAAUUAAAUCGUCUUUCCUCUUCUGUUGAAUUCUGUAUCCACAGAUAGAAAUACUUCGAAAAAAGAAUCUUCUUUAAACUUCAUACAAGGUUGAUGUAUUUGUGGUCUGAUUGAAGGCGGAGAUUCUUUCUUUGAUUAGAUAAUUCCUUUUCAGUCCAAAUUGCAUCACACCAUUUCAAAUGAGGGAGCUACAGGGUUUAUCGCCAUCAUCUUACUUCUCGGAGGAGUUAUGUUUUCGUGAUGAGCAGAGGCAAGUUGGAUUUUGGAAGACAAAUAGCCUGCAAAACUACCAUGGUCUUAAAAGUGAUGAUGCUUUACAAAGAGCUGCUGUUCAUUCAUCACCCUUUGAGAAUCAUAUUUCGUUGGGCUCCCCGAUGGCGAAGAAUUUUGAACAUCAUGAUUCUCAUCUAAAACAAGACAUAAAAGUUAACAAUAUCAUAGAACAACGAUCUUUUGGCGUGGAAAGAGCAUCUCACUCCUUACCUAGAGCUCUUGACCAUAAUGUGGGGGUAAGAUCUAUUGUCAGCGCCGACUUGGCAUCUUAUCAAGCAGAAGAUGACAAAAUUAGCGUAAUGGGCAGUCAAUAUGAGAAUGGCCUCUUCUCGAGCUCAUUAUCAGAGUUAUUCAGUAGAAAAUUGCGAUUACCGACUAACAAUUCCCCACAUGGUCAUUCCGUUGGAGCAGCUGACUCACACUAUGAAGAAGAACCUUUUGAGUCCCUUAAAGAACUUGAGGCGCACACUAUUGGAAAUCUUCUCCCUGAUGAUGAUGACUUGCUUGCUGGGGUGACUGAUGGUCUAGACUAUGUUGGCCAACCCUAUGCUGGUGAUGAAACUGAAGAUCUUGAUCUUUUCAGUAGUGUUGGAGGGAUGGACCUAGGAGAAGAUGGUUCCUCUACAGGACAACAAAAUUCUGAAUAUGCUGGGAAUUAUACACCGCAGUUGGGCAACUCUAAUGCUGCAAUUGGUGGCCAGCACCCUUUCGGGGAAAAUCCAUCUAGAACACUCUUUGUUAGAAAUAUAAACAGCAGCGUUGAAGAUUCUGAACUACAAACUCUUUUUGAGCAAUAUGGAGAUAUUCGCACACUGUAUACAACAUGCAAGCAUCGCGGUUUUGUUAUGAUCUCAUAUUAUGAUAUUCGGGCAUCACAGAAUGCCAUGAAAGCUCUUCAGAACAAACCACUGAAUCACAGGAAGCUAGACAUACAUUUCUCUAUUCCCAAGGACAAUCCAUCAGAAAACGAUGUCAAUCAAGGGACUUUCCUGGUUUUCAACCUUGAUUCUUCUGUUUCAAAUGAUGAACUACGUCAAAUAUUUGGUGUAUAUGGAGAGAUUAAGGAGAUCCGCGAGACUCCGCAUAGAAGCCAUCACAAAUUUGUAGAGUUUUAUGAUAUUAGAGCUGCAGAAGCUGCUCUUGUUGCUUUAAACAGGAGUGACGUUGCAGGGAAGCAGAUAAAGAUUGAAGCAAUCCAUCCUGGUGGUACUAGACGCAGGUUUUCACAGCAAUUUCCUUCUGAGCUGGAGCAAGAUGAACCUGGUCUUUAUUUUCAGCAGAGUAGUCCUAGUAGUUUAGCCACUGGAUUUUCUGUUCCAGGAGCAUUUCUACAUGUAGGACAUGCAUCGAAUAUGGAAAAUGGAUCUAUUCUGGGCAGACAAUCAGCCAAUGGCUCUGCCAUUAAUUCCUAUUUGGAUAAUGCAUUUGACUGUGGAUUAUCAUUCAGUGUUCCUAAUAGCUUAUUGAGGCUGGAAUCUAAGGGGAGCUCCCAAGCCAAUGUUGGUGAAACUGGCCACCUGCUGAGCCAAGUCAAUUUUGACUUUAGGGGAACAUCAGGUCUCCAUCCUCAUUCACCGCCGGAGUACCAUGAUGGUUUAUCUAAUGGAACUUCCUCCAUUUCUUCGGGUGGCAUUUCUGCAACUAUGAAUAUCAGGCCACUAGAAGCAAUUGAAAACCGACAGUUCUCCAGAGUUGGCCCUAAUGGGCAACUGGUUGAGCUAAAUGAAGUUUUUACUCCAAAUGGAAAUGUAAACUGUCCUUCUCCUGGGCACCAGUACAUGUGGAGUAAUUCACAUCAUCCGCAGCCUCAAGGCAUGAUGUGGCCAAACUCACCAACAUUUGUUGGUGGGGUCUGUGCUACUCGCCCUCAACAACUGCAUUCAGUUCCAAGGGCUCCAUCCCAUAUGCUGAAUGCGCUUGUACCGAUAAACAACCAUCAUGUGGGUUCAGCACCUUCUGUUAAUCGAUCCCUCUCUCUCUGGGACAGAAGACAUGCCUAUGCAGGAGAAUCGCCUGAUUCAUCUGGUUUUCACCCAGGUUCUUUGGGCAGUAUGAGGAUUUCUGGAAAUUCACCACAUCCUUUGGAGUUUAUUCCUCAUAAUGUUUUAUCGCGCACUGGUGGCAGCUGUAUAGACUUGCCAAUGUCUUCCAGUAAUGUCGGAUUGCAUUCCCAUCAACAGAGAAGUUUAAUGUUUCCUAGUAGAGGUCAAAUAAUUCCUAUGAUCAAUUCAUUUGAUUCUCCAAAUGAAAGGAUGCGGAGCCGUAGGAAUGAAGGCAAUUCGAGUCAGGCUGACAACAAGAAGCAGUUUGAACUGGAUAUUGAACGGAUUGCACGAGGGGAUGAUAAAAGGACGACCCUAAUGAUAAAGAACAUUCCUAACAAGUAUACUUCAAAAAUGCUUUUGGCUGCAAUUGAUGAACGUCACAGAGGAACGUAUGAUUUCAUCUAUCUACCAAUUGAUUUCAAGAACAAAUGCAACGUAGGUUACGCAUUUAUCAACAUGACUGAUCCUUCUCUUAUUGUUCCAUUUUAUCAUGCAUUCGAUGGAAAGAAAUGGGAAAAAUUCAAUAGUGAGAAGGUGGCGUCACUUGCAUAUGCUCGCAUUCAGGGAAAAGCUGCACUCAUUGCUCACUUCCAGAAUUCUAGCCUCAUGAAUGAAGAUAAGCGAUGCCGUCCAAUCCUCUUCCACACUGAUGGCCCUAAUGCUGGUGAUCAGGUGCCCUUUCCCAUGGGUGUAAACAUCAGGUCAAGAACCAGCAAAAAUCGGGCUGGCACCAGUGAAGAAAGCCUCCAAGAAAGCCAAACUAGUUUGUCAAUCGGCAAGUAUUUCAUAAUUGAAGAGUCGUCUUCAGGUUCUGUCAAGGAAUCAAAUUGAGCAAGCUGCUGCAAUUUUGUUGGUACUAACCUACUAAUAGGACUUUGAGAUUGGAAAGAAUCCACACAAUUUUUAUUAAUGUACAUUAGGGGUAGUCUGUGGGAAAGGCAGAAAAAGAAGAAAAGACUUCUAUUUUUCUGAAUUUUGGGACGGACUCCUAAAAUAGUCAUGAAAAUUGUGCAUUACCCGUUUGCGUACAGGUUAUCGUAUACCGAGGCAUCGCAGUGGAACUUCAAAAUUUUGGAAGAUUGGGAGGCUACUAAUUCAUGAUAAACACACAUGUAUGAGUUUCUAUGUAUGAUAAAGCAUUUGCGGCACAACGGAGGGUUCUGUUGUA